AUGAGAGAGGUCAUCAGUAUUAACGUCGGCCAGGCCGGUUGCCAGAUCGGUAACGCGUGUUGGGAAUUGUACUCCCAGGAACAUGGAAUCAGACCAGACGGGUACCUUCAAGAAGGAUUGGACAGACCCAAGGGUGGCGAAGAAGGUUUUUCUACUUUUUUCUCGGAAACCGGCUCGGGCAAGUACGUGCCCAGAGCUUUGUACGUGGACUUGGAACCUAAUGUGAUUGACGAGGUCCGUACCGGUGCCUACAAGGACUUGUUCCACCCAGAGCAGUUGAUUGCUGGUAAGGAGGACGCUGCCAACAACUACGCCCGUGGUCACUACACCGUCGGUAGAGAGAUCUUGGACGACGUGUUGGACAGAGUCAGAAGAAUGUCCGACCAGUGCGAGGGCUUGCAGGGAUUCCUCUUCACCCACUCCUUGGGCGGUGGUACCGGUUCCGGUUUGGGCUCUUUGCUCUUGGAGCAGUUGUCCAUUGACUACGGUAAGAAGUCCAAGUUGGAGUUCGCCGUGUACCCAGCUCCCCAGGUGUCCACCUCCGUCGUCGAGCCAUACAACACCGUCUUGACCACCCACACCACCUUGGAGCACGCUGACUGUACCUUCAUGGUUGACAACGAGGCCAUCUACGACAUGUGCCGCCGUAACUUGGGCAUCUCCAGACCCAACUUCAACUCCUUGAACUCCUUGAUCGCGCAGGUGGUCUCCUCCGUGACCGCCUCCUUGAGAUUCGAUGGCUCCUUGAACGUCGACUUGAACGAGUUCCAGACGAACUUGGUGCCUUACCCAAGAAUCCACUUCCCCUUGGUCUCCUACGCCCCUGUCUUCUCCAAGACCAGAGCCAACCACGAGUCCAACUCCGUGUCUGAGAUCACUGCCUCCUGUUUCGAGCCAGGUAACCAGUUGGUCAAGUGCGACCCUCGUGUCGGUAAGUACAUGGCCACCUGUUUGUUGUACAGAGGUGACGUUGUCACCAGAGACGUCCAGAACUCUGUUGCCCAGAUCAAGGCCAAGAAGACCGUCCAGUUGGUUGACUGGUGCCCUACCGGUUUCAAGAUUGGUAUCUGCUACCAGCCACCUACCGCUAUUGAAGGUUCCGAUUUGGCCUCUGCCAAGAGAGCCGUGUGUAUGUUGUCCAACACCACCGCCAUUGCCGAGGCUUGGAAGAGAAUCGACAAGAAGUUCGACCUCAUGUACUCCAAGAGAGCCUUCGUGCACUGGUACGUUGGUGAAGGUAUGGAGGAAGGUGAGUUCACCGAGGCCAGAGAGGACUUGGCUGCUUUGGAGAGAGAUUACGAGGAGGUUGGCACCGACUCUUUCCCAGAGGAAGAGGAGGAGUACUAA